AUGACAAUUUCUACAUGGAGAGACUUUACCAUUGUUAACUCUUGCGAUAGAAAACUUCGUGAAACCAAUCCUCGUAAUUGCAAUGCUCCUUGUUACCACAAGAUAUGUAAACAGCCAACAAUUAAUCGAGAUUGUUUGAUCCGAUUUGAACACCAACAAUUGUUAUCCAUCCCAAAAGGAUACAUUUAUGUGGGUGAUCGCAAAAACGAAUCUGACUUCAGAAAAUGUUCGGAGGAAAAAAAUAAAAAAAUUGUUGAUAAAAACGUAUACAGCCAAAUUACCGAUUUAUUAUCUGUCAAGUCUAAAUUUCAAAAUAAAGCCAGUGAACUUGAUAUUCUCUGUCUUAUUUUCAAAAACCUUAAACCAGAAUGUGAAUCUUCAACGUGGAAACAACGAUUUACUAUUACAUUGACGUACACAUUAAUGAAAAUUAUCACAAAAGAUAUUAGUAGCUAUCAAACAUUAAGAAGUAAACAUAUUUCAACAUUAACAUUAAAAAGAUUAAACAGGAUUACAGGAGAGCAGACUUCGAUAACUUCUCCUAAGAAUAAACUACAGCAUGUACAAGUUUACUUAGCAAACGCAUUAACCCCUUGGCUAGAAAAACCAAUCAAUCAAAUUUGCUCAGAUGUCAAAGAAAAAAAACAGUUUGAUGAUCAAAACAAAAAAAGUAAAGCUAAAUUUCAAGUUCUCACUAAAAGAAAUUUGUAUUAUUCAAAAAAAGGUAAAAAUAUAGUUAACACGUCAGAGCGUCUAAUUCAUAAUGGCUUAUUAAAAGUGUCUAAAAAAGAAAACUUCAAAAAACUUAUUGGAGAAUUAAAUGAUAAGAAUUUGAAUAAGGUUGAUAAUAAAAAUCUUAUGACUGUAGAAAUUGAUGGCGAAGAGAUAAAUACAAACAAAAUAGGCGAAAAUGGUGAAAAAAAUCUUACGGCUAAAGAAAAUAAAAUGAAUGACUUAAGUGUAAAUAAUCCCGAUAUGUUUGGUGGAAUAAAUUCAAAAGAAACUCAUGGUGAAGAGAUAAUUAAUAACAAACCUGAUAUACAUAGUACGAAGUCUAACAAUAAGAAAAAUGUUCAAAAAGAAUCAAAUAUUCUUACAUUAAAUAGAUUAGGCGAAACAGAAUAUUUUAACAAAUAUGAUUUAUGUAGUAACAUGUCACCAAUAUGA